ACAACAGGGGGAGCUUCAAAGCGGUUGUUUACAGUCGAGAGCGGCAGUCUGACUGGACGGAGGCAUCUGCGAUUUUCUUGCAGAUGGGUUAAAGGCGAACCAUCUGGGAAGUGCAUGGACAAUAGUUAUUACUACCGUACCUAAAGAAAAAAACAAAUUCCAGCUUAUCUUGUAGAUGCUCACCGGCCGCUGAUAGAACCACCGGGUUAUUUUCCUUACGACUGGUGCGCAUCUUGUCUGGGUUGCUUUAGGACAAACAGCAGGAUCUUACAUUUCACCUUAACUGACGAGCUUUUUGUCGAACCAAACUCACUGGAAAAGAUGGAUAACGAAAAGUACUUGCCAGAACUGAUGGCGGAGAAGGAUUCUCUGGACCCGUCCUUCCAGCACUCAUUGCGGCUUCUUGAUCAAGAAAUCGAAAAGGUCCAGAAAGAUGAAGACAAAGAGGAUGAGAAGUUCAUUGAUGUAGUCAUCAACAAGAACAUGAAACUGGGACAGAAGGUUUUGAUCCCUGUGAAACAGUUUCCCAAAUUUAAUUUUGUGGGUAAACUCCUGGGUCCUCGAGGGAACUCAUUAAAGAGACUACAAGAGGACACACUGACCAAGAUGUCCAUCCUCGGAAAGGGAUCCAUGAGAGACAAAGAAAAGGAAGAAGAACUGCGAAAGAGCGGAGAGACAAAGUAUCAUCAUCUUAACGAAGAUCUCCACGUGCUGAUCGAGGUGUUUGCGCCGCCCGCUGAAGCGUAUGCGAGAAUGGGACAUGCUUUGGAGGAGAUCAAAAAAUUCCUCAUUCCGGACUAUAAUGAUGAGAUCAGACAGGCUCAGCUACAGGAGCUGACGUAUCUGAACGGCGGCUCGGAGGAUGCCAAAGUCCCAGCGGCCAGAGGCAAAAGCAGCACACGGAGCAGAGGAACGUCAGCGCCAGGACCACACAGAUGUAGAGGGGGUGUUCCUCCUCCUCAGGCUGCAGUCCCGCGGGGGGUGGCGCCCAGAGGAGCUCCGCCCAGCAGGGUUCCGUCCAGCAGAGUAAGGGGCGUUCCUUGUAAGAGAGCACGAGGAGCUCCGCCCCCACCUGGGUACAGACCUCCCCCUCCAGUGGUGCAGGAUACCUAUGGUGAAUAUGACUACGACGAUGGAUAUGGAACAGCCUAUGAUGAGCAGGGAUAUGACUCAUAUGACAACAACUACAACAAUCAGGCACCAAACUCAGAUGAUUAUUAUGAAUACAGCCAUGGUAUCAGUGGAGAAUCAUAUGACUCUUACGGCCCGGAGGAAUGGACAAACAACCGCAACAAGGCUCCACCAGCAAGGAAAAGCAAAGGAGUGUUCAGAGAGCAGCCGUACUCCCGAUUCUGACCUGCUACAGUCCUUCAUGUGCCCUCCCAAGUAAUGGAUUUUCUAUGGACUCUAUUUCCUUUUUUGCAAAUAAAAUCAACCAAAAUGACAAAAAUACAAAUAGUCGAAGAAGUCAAGGGGUAAAAUUAAGUUUCUGUGGAACUGAUUCUGUUGUAACAUGGACGACUCCCAUAAAUAAAUAUUACGGAUCACUGGAUUAUGUAGUUUAAAUCAUAGAACCAAUCAGAAUUCAAAUAGACUUACUUAUGUGGGAUGGAGGCGGGCACUAUCGGUUAGGGGUGGAGUUACAUGGGGUGUACAGUGUUUAGAUUUAGCAGGUCAGUUUUUGUAGCUACUUUUUUUUUUGAUGGGUGAUCAGCUUCAAUGUGUCCCUUGUAAAUUUUACCUUUAACUAGAGAAAAAAGUAAAAGAAAAUCAUUUCUGCACAUGUUGUUUUCCUUCCUUUCUCUUUUCUAAAUGGAAAGUUCUUCAGCGUUAAAGGGCUUAUAGGAGCAUGUAAAAAAAAAUUAUACAUAUAUAUAUAUAUAUAUAUAUAUAUAUAUAUAUAUAUAUAUAUAUAUAUAUAUAUAUAUAUAUAUAUAUAUAUGUAUGUGUGUGUGUGCAGUUUCAGUUGCAAUCAGAAAAGUUUGAAUAGUCUUGUCUGGUUUUUGUGUUAAGCGUUAAAACCCUUUAAUGAGCUCUUUGGUAAUAGGUGUUUUCUUCUAGUGAGAGAGCUACUUUUAGACCUUUUAAGGAGAGACAAAAUUGAAAGUUUUGGGCAAUUACUCUGACUGACAAAAAUUCACAAUUCAGUUUCACAAUUUUUGUUGAUGUAGUAUGAGAGAUUCCUUCAAGUAAAUGACACCUAGAAGUUACUCCUGCACACUUUACUGUGCAAUUCUAAUGUAUUAUAGCCCAUAUUAGCCUUUAUACGCCACUAAUGUUGGCUUUCCCUUGGUAUGUUAUAUAACUCAGAUGGGUUACAAAUAGCAACAGAGCAUUUAAAAACAGAAAAGACUAAACCGAAGCAUCGCUUGUAAUAGUCAUAGACAUUUACAGGGAAUUCAGUGGUUUUUGGCACCAUAUAUUUCCAUUAAAACUUCUUGUAAUGCAUUUUAAGUGCACAGCAAAGUGUUACUGGUCAUUUCUAAACCAAAUACUGUUGACUAAAGUUGAACUGGUACUGUUUUAUAAAACUAUUUAAAGUCUAAUCAAAUGUAUGCUGAAGUUUAAAAAGUGCUAGUAAUGAAAAUGAUUGUGUUACUGGUGGUGGCUGUUUAAUACAUUUCUGUUAAGAGUUAUAAUCUUUGUAAGCUUGUGUAAGCCCUUUAAUUCUCAUCUCAGUUGAUUAAAAAAUAAACUUUUUGAAAGAAAAAAUA